CAGUCCUCCAGGGUCCGGUUCACGCCGCUGUCGCCGGCUGCUGACGUGCGCCGGCCGGGUGUGGGGCUGCGGGUGCGGGUCGCUAUGGCGGUGGACAUCACGCUGCUGUUCCGGGCCAGCGUCAAGACCGUGAAGACGCGGAACAAAGCGCUAGGAGUGGCGGUGGGCGGCGGUGUCGAUGGCAGCCGCGAUGAGCUGUUCCGCCGGAGCCCCCGGCCCAAGGGCGACUUCUCCAGCCGGGCACGCGAAGUGAUAUCUCACAUUGGCAAACUGAGAGAUUUUCUUCUGGAACACAGGAAAGAUUAUAUUAAUGCUUAUAGCCAUAUCGUGUCUGAAUAUGGGAGGAUGACAGACACAGAACGCGACCAGAUAGACCAGGAUGCUCAGAUAUUCAUGAGGACCUGUUCUGAAGCAAUUCAACAACUAAGAACAGAAGCCCACAAGGAGAUACAUUCCCAGCAAGUUAAGGAGCACAGGACGGCUGUUUUGGAUUUCAUUGAAGAUUACUUAAAAAGAGUUUGUAAGCUUUACUCAGAACAAAGAGCCAUCCGAGUUAAAAGAGUGGUGGAUAAGAAAAGACUAUCUAAGCUGGAACCAGAACCAAAUACAAAAUCAAGAGAAUCCACAUCUUCUGAGAAAGUGUCACAGAAUCCUUCAAAAGACUCUGAAGAAAAACCUACCACUGAGGAAUAUCCAGAAAAGAUUUCAGCCGAAGCACAACCUGAAUUGGGAAGCUGGGGAGAGGGCAAAGGUGAAGAUGAAUUAUCCCCAGAAGAAAUACAAAUGUUUGAACAAGAAAAUCAGCGGCUAAUUGGCGAAAUGAACAGCUUGUUUGAUGAAGUGAGGCAAAUUGAAGGGAAAGUGGUUGAAAUUUCCAGACUCCAAGAGAUAUUCACGGAAAAGGUUUUGCAACAGGAAGCUGAGAUUGACAGCAUUCACCAGUUAGUUGUAGGAGCAACUGAGAACAUCAAGGAGGGCAAUGAAGACAUAAGAGAGGCCAUCAAAAACAACGCCGGCUUCCGCGUGUGGGUCCUCUUCUUCCUCGUGAUGUGCUCCUUCUCCUUGCUCUUCCUCGACUGGUAUGACAGCUAGCGCGGGACGUGCUGACAAACUGCGCUCUCCUGUGGCUCCGGCGUUGGAGCGCGGUGGUGACCAGAUUUUAUCAUGGAGCCAUUUGAGGAAGAGGAGGUUGAGACAGACAAACGUACUCCCACAAAAGGGACGCCCAAACCAGUGGUGUUAAGCCCAUUUAGCAGCUGAAAGAGAAAGCAGUGCACGUAAGAGGAAAGUGGUCUGUGUGGCCACCAUGAGGCGAGAUGGACUGGAUGGGGAGAGCUGGCUGUUAACUGCACCCAAACUUGAGGCUGCCUCGGCGGGGGCUUGCUUCAGUGGAGGGCACAGCAGGCCUCAAGAUCCCCAGAGUGUCUCAGGGCUCAAAGGAAGUCGCUGGCCUUUCCUGUCUCCGUAGCUUUAGGGAAGAACAUGGUUAAUAAUGUUUCUCCACAAAUUACUUCUUUGUUUCCUUGUGGCUUCUUGUCUGCCUGAGUCAUCAAUACACGCACUCAUUGUAUCGCAGAAAAUUCAC